GUUAUAAGUUAUAAGACUUUGAUCCAACGGCAAAAUAACCUUCAAAAUGUGACAGUUUUUUUAAUGUUGCAAAAAUAAAAAUAUAGAUGUUCGAAAUACCAGAACAAAAGUUGCCGGAUUUUGCCAAAGAUGAACAGAAAAUCACUGUUUUAUUCGCUCCACUCAGGAAUCGAACUGUCAACCCAAAAGAUUGGGAGCAUAAAAUAAACUCGUGGAAAACCUUGAUUUCGAUUUAUUGCGCAUGCAAUGAGAUUUAUUCGUUUUGUUUGUCAUCGCUCAAUAAAGUGUUUUUGAGAAAUGGAAGGCCACCUUUAUGUCUUAAGGAGGUUUUGGAUCAAAUGUUGAGAGAGGGUAGUAUACAGCAAAUAGAUCGGUUUUUGGUUAAAAAUUCUACGACAUGGAGUGGCUGGGCCACAGAUAUGCUUCUGAAGAAACCUUUAGCUUGGUCCUUUGGAAAACUUAAAAAUACAAUUUAUGUAACAACAGAUGAUUGUACUUAUGUUGAUUUGGAGCUGAUUAAAACUAAAAGUAAUGAUCUUAUGAACAAAAUUCCAAAGGACCAUUUAAAUAAAGUGAUAUCGUUGCCAGAACUCUUAAAAUUCAUUAAUGAAAAUUCUAAUUAUACGCAAAAAUUGAAACUCUUGUUGCAUUAUUUGGAAAAAGAUGGUAAAGUUUGCCUUGAAGUUUCAAGCAGUAAUGAUUGUGAUUAUAAAAUUAAAUUUGGUGAUGGUAUUUCAGUAAAACCUAUUGAUGAGGUUGAUAUUGGAAUACAUUCAUUGGAGAAAAAUGAGACAACUUUAUUAGAAAAUAUCGAAAAACUUGAAGAUGAAAUGGAAAAAUUAAGGGGUCAGGCCAAGUUACAAUUAUCUAAGGGUCACAGACAAACUGCUAAAACUUGCUUGAGGAAAAAACAUGAGAUUGAAAAAAAAAUACAAAAAAAAUCUGAUGCAUUGCACAAUAUUCAGAUAAUGCUGGAAAAAAUUAAAGAUACCCAUACAGAUGCCCAUGUUUGGGAAUCAUACAAAUUGGCCUUAAAUUCUUUUAAUACCACAUUUAAAGAUUCAAAUUUAUCAGAAGAUGCAAUAGAAGAUACUAUGAUCAAAUUAGGAGAGGUGUUGGACAUACAUGAGGACAUCCAAACCGCCCUCUCUCACCCUGUCAAGGAUACUUCUACAUCGGAGUCCGAUUUGGAACAGGAAUUAGCAGAUUUAAUUAGUCAAGAGGAUAGCCUAACAGAAGAUUCAGAAGAACAACCUGCUCCGGAUGAUUUUGAAGCAAGAUUAAAAAAUCUAUCAAUUAACUUACCUGAUGUACCAGAAACUAAAAAACCAAAAUUGGAAGUGCCUUUGAUUUGAUUUUUCUCAAUUAUACUAAUAUACUAUUUAUUAAAUAAAGUUUAUAAAUAUU